AUGAAAGGACAGAAAGGAGAGCAGAACAAACUCCUAACAGGAGGAGACUCACUCAUGGCCUAUGAGACGGAGGAUCAGGAGACUCAAUACUGCUUUCCUGACAUCAACUCAUCAUGUGUCAAGGAACAACGCUCCAGACAUGGAUAUAUCAUCAUUUAUUUGUUUGUGUCAUUGCUGACAGCAUGGACUGUGUUUCUGAACCUGCUGGUGAUCAUCUCCAUCUCUCACUUCAAGAAGCUUCACACUCCAACUAACAUGAUAAUUCUCUCUCUGGCUGUAACUGAUCUGUUUAUUGGACUCAUCAUGCCUAUAGAUGCCAUCAGAGUAAUUGAGACAUGUUGGUAUUUUGGAGACAAUUUCUGCGGACUCUAUUUAUUAUUUGUUGAUUUACUUCUCCCAGCAUCUCUUAGUAAUUUAGUUUUAAUUGCUGUUGAUCGUUAUGUGUCUGUGUGUCACCCUCUACUGUACACACAUAAAAUCACAAUUACUAACACUUUAAAGAUCAUCUGUGUGAGCUGGGUUUGUUUAUCAGCAUAUAACACUGCCAUUAUAAUUAAUAAUGGAUAUUUUGACACAUCAUACAGAACAGAUGUCUGUUAUGGACAGUGUCCAUUCAUGAUCAGUUUCAGUUGGAUAGUCAUUGAUCUGUUUGUGUCUUUUAUUUUUCCUUGUACUCUGAUCAUCACUUUAUAUCUGAGGAUUUUCUAUGUAGUUCAUCAGCAAGUGAAGGUUAUAAACUCUCUGAUGAAGGGUGGUAAACGUGUAAUGGAGGGAUCAGUGAGGAGGAAAUCUGAGAGUAAAGCUGCUCUGACUUUAGGAAUCAUUGUGUCAGUUUAUCUGCUUUGCUAUAUCCCUUACUGUAUCUGUUCUCUAACUGGAAUCUCUUCCUCAACUAUAAAUGUUUUAAUGUGGAUUUUGUAUGCUAGUUCAGGUGUGAAUCCUCUGGUUUAUGCUUUAUUUUACCCCUGGUUUAAAAAGACAGCAAAACUCAUUGUAACUCUGAAAAUAUUUCAGCCGGUGUCCUCUCUGAUAAAUAUUUUUAUAGAAAAUUAA